AAGGAGAACCGGACAGAGCUAGCUCGUCCGUUUUCCUGACUUGGUCGAAAACACCGGUUAGACACACGUUUAUUGAAAGACAGAAAGAGACAGAGACAGAGAGAGAUAAUAUCCACGGUUACAAAACACACACGCUAUCCAGAGAGAAACACUUGGCGUGAUUCCCAUUUUGGUCCAGGACUCUAACCACACAAAACUGUGACUAACAUAACGGCGCUCCGCCUCCAAUUAGGCCUGUCAACAUAAACUACCCCCUCUGUUUACAUCGCUACCUGUUGACCCCACAGGUUCUUCGCCCUCUCGCACAGGAAGCAAAACGUGUGGGUGAUGAAGGGUCACCCUAAAUUCAAGCGACGUUACAGUCUGCAACCUGCGUCCUUUAAAGAGGGACAGGAUAAUCCGCCAAAUAGAACUCCUAGACAUGAAAGGUUGUCAGAAGCCGAUAGUGGUAGAAAAGUAUCGGAGAGUAAGAUGAAACAUGAAAUAAUUGUAAUGGGAGCACCCAAAGUGGGAAAGUCAGCGAUAAUACAUCAAUUUCUAUUCAAUACAUUUACGACAAAAUACAAAAGUACAGUUGAAGAAAUGCAUCGUGCUAAAUUCGAUGUUAGUGGAAUUCAAUUAAUUCUUGACAUUCGUGAUACCUCGGGAACACAUGAAUUUCCAGUAAUGCUUGACAUGCGCAUACAAUCGGCUGAUGCAUUUGUUCUCGUUUACGAUGUCAAUGAUAAAAACACAUUUACCGAAUUAGUUGCACUUCGACAAAGAAUUAUUGACAAAAAAGGUGUUAAUGUACCUAUUGUUGUUGUCGGUAAUAAAAUUGAUUUAAGAGAAGAUGUUGAGCAGGUGGAAACUGAAGGCACAAGAGAAUUAGUGACUGUCGAAUGGAGCAAUGGAUUUGUGGAGGUAUCAGCGAAAGAUAAUUUAGAAAUAUCCACAGUUUUUAAGGAGCUACUAAGUCAAGCCAAAGUCAAGUAUAAUUUAAGUCCAGCACUUCAACGACGACGUCGACAGUCCCUUCCGCCUCCUCAACAUCUUAAUUCGAGGACCAGUAGCGCUCAAGUCCCAACAGCCGCACAAUUACAACAUUUACAAAAAAUUAGCGAACGAACGGAUUCAAAACGAAAUUCAUGUAUUCUAUCGUAAGAAAAGAAAAAGUUACCGCCCAUAAACACUAUAAAUUUUCUCUCUGAAUUUGAAUUUUUUUCACAAAAUCAUUAUUAAAUUUUUCUAUAUAUAUGCCAUUCCAAGAGUUUUCAAAGUCACAUUUCAGAAUAACCUCACCAUAAUUUAAAUGAACCCAAAUAGUACGUAAUAUUACCUUAAUAUCACUGUAAUAUUACAUAGAAAAUUCGUGAUAUUAAAGUAAUAUUGAGGUAAUAUUUUUAUUAUUUAUGUAAUAUUACAAUGUAAUACUAAUAAUAUGAAUAAUAUUAAUAAUUAUAAUAAAAUGAAAAUUACACUGAAACAACAAUUUUCUAAAGGUUACGAAAAAAAAAAACCAUUUGAGUAUAUCUGACGCACGGACGUUGAGAACCAAGGUGGGAGAAAGAGUUGAGCGAUUGGACGGUCACAUCUUGGAAAGGGUAAAAUUCUGAAAUUAUACCCCCACCAGAGGACAGAGACUAGGUCUUUUAUCCCUUUCCACACUAUUUCUCCCACCUAGAUUCUCAAUGUCCGUGCCUCAGAUAUAUUCAAAUGGUUAUUUUUUCGUAACCUUGGCUAAGCAGGUUUUCAAAAAUUUUCCUGUUUCAUUCAUUUAAAAUUUUCCUAAAAAAUUAUGUUGAAUAAAUAAAUAAAAUAAUAUUUUUUUUAUAUAUAUGGAUAAGUCGCACAGACAGGAGCCAAAGGUUAAGUUUCAUUAUGUUAAUACAAAUGUUAAAACUAUUGUAAAACUUUAAUUGAAAUCAAUAAACAAAUUCUAAUUAAAAAAAAAAUAAUUCGUAACUUUUAGAAAAUUGUUGUUUCAGUGUAAUUUUCAUUUUAUUAUAAUUAUUAAUAUUAUUCAUAUUAUUAUAGUCAAAUACAGUGUCAGGCUGUAGUUUUAUAUGUAUAUGAAUUUUCCAUUUUCACAUAGGAAAAGAACAAUUUUUAUUUUCUAUUUAAAAAAAGGGUGUCGCAAAUUUGUCAAUAAUUACGUACAUUUUCAUGUUUGUUUACAUUUGACGAGUUGCACCUGGACUUAAUUAAUUGGUUCGCAUGGGCGACUCUUUAACAUCAACAUUUAAUUACAGAGAAUUUUUGAACAAAGAUUUUUAUUUUUUUUUAUAAUAUAUAUAUGAAACUGUUUAUUUACAGUUAUUCAUACUUAACAAAAAAAAUAUUAAAUUACACUGUAAAAAAUCGCAAAGUUAUUUUACGUCGUAAUUUUGGUAAAAAGUGAUCAGAUUUAAAAAAUUCAAAAUGGCGGACCUAAUAUGGCGUCCAAAAAAUUUAAAAAUUGACUAGAUUUGCAUAAAAGUGGUUCCUUUAAGGUUUAUGGGGUCCCUAAAUCCAUAUUUGAGGUCAGAUUUAAAAAAUUCAAAAUGGCGGACCCAAUAUGGCGGAAAAAUUUUUAAAUUGACUCAAUAUUUUCAAAAUUUAGUUUUAGGGGGUUUUUGGGGUUGCUGAAUUCAAAUUUGACCUUAAAUUUGGAUUCAGCGACACCAAAACCCCCCGAGUACCAAAUUUUGAACGAAUCGAAUCAACUUUAAAUUUUUUCCGCCAUAUUGGGUCCGCCAUUUUGAAUUUUUCAAAUCUGACCUUAAUUUUGGAUUCAGCCAACCCAAAAACUUUUUUAAUAGUAUGAUAUGAUAUUUUUUUGGGAAACUUUUUUUUAACCGUUUUAGGCCCACAAACGAUUUUUCUACUUAACUGCGAAGGGGUUAAUUAAAUUGUUGAGACUGCUACGAAAUGUAAUUUUAAAAAAAUUCCUAGAAUGGCAGAUAUAUAAAAUACUGAAAAUAGUUUAUAAGUUUUCUUAAAUUUCACAGAAAAAUUUAUUUAAUAAAAAAAAUGACUGAAUAUGGUAUCUCUAUGAAUUUUAAGAUUUAUAAAUCAAAAUUUUGGAGAAAAAUAUUCAAAUUUAUAGAGAAGUCACAAUUAGAGUAUUAUUCUGGAUAAAAGUCACUUCAGUAUCAACUAUUCUUUACACUGUUAAAAAUAUUCCUAAAAUAAAUUUCAUAAAAAAGAAAUUUUUAAAGAAAUUUAAUUUUUAAAAUUAAAAAAAAAUCGUAAAAAAAAGAAAUUUUUUUUUUUAAUUUAAUUUGAAAAAUAAACACGAACAAGCGUCAAAAAUUGAAAUUAAUAUCAAAUUACGCUUAGUGCGCAUUCAACACGUGAAAUUAUAUAUUUAUUUAUUUAUUUAUUUAUUUACAGUAUAAACAAAUCAAGUACAAAAGAAAAUUUGUAAAAUCGAAAUAUUCUUUAUUCUAUAUAUAUAUUCAUUUUUUAAAUACUUCGAAAUAAAAAUUAAAUUAUAUUAGAGAAAAUAUAUAAUGAAAAAUAUUUCUAUCAGUGUAAAUCGCAUUUACUGAGCCUGAAAUAAUAUCGGCAAAGCAAUUACAAUUAAUAAUAAUUAUUACCAUAGAAAUGUAUAUUAAUCAUCUUUGUUUGAUUUCUUGUUUAAAUAUAAUUUGAAUACAAAAUUUGAAAUUUCUCAACAAACAGAAAAUUAUAUAUAUAUACAUAAAUCUAGCGUAAAUUAUGCUCUGCUAAAAAAAGUUCAAAAAAUAUAAAGCAGCGAAAUUAUAAUUUCAAUAAGGUUUUACAGAAAAAAAAAGUUUAUGCAAUGAAAAUACAGGUAAUUUUUUUAGAGGAAUUUUUAUUAUUAAUUUUAAAUAUACUAUAAUUACACAAAUAUUC